GGACAGAUCUGCUUCCGGGUGAUGAGGCUGCAGUAUGGGGUCUGCCAGGAUCUUUAUCCAGAGUGACUGGCAACAAACCCUGCGGAAGGCUGAUGGCGAAGCGUGGGUGUCUUGUAAGAUUGCAGGGAAACCUACAAUUUACGGAUGUCUGAAAUGCCUGGGGGUUGGUUCCGAUGGCAUUCCCCAUAUCACGUCCUCAGAUGAAUUUGUUGUACAUGAAGUCACAAAGAAAAGUAUAUCUGUCUCCUGUCCCAGGGAAAACACAUCCUCCAAAUUUCUGUCUCCGUACACUGGCUUCGCGAGAAUCCAUGGGAAAAGUAUAACCUGCAUGGAUGUGUCCAGCGGAGGGGGACUGGGGCUCUCUACCAGUACAGAUGGAUCUAUGAAGAUCUGGCAAACUAAUAACGGGGAAAUUAGAAGGGUUCUGGAAGGUCACAUUUAUGAUGUAAACUGCUGCAUGUUCUUCCCCUCCGGGAUGGUGGUGCUCAGCGGAGGGAUGGAUUCUCAGAUUAAGAUCUGGUCGGUGGAAGACGCCAGCUGCCCGGUUACCUUUAAAGGUCAUCAAGCAGGAAUCUUGGACUUGGCGGUGGUGGAUCGUGGAAGGAACGUGUUGUCUUGUUCUCGGGAUGGCACAGCCAGACUUUGGGAUUGCGGUAGAUCCUCCUGCCUCGCCGUGGUUGCAGAGUGUGGUGUUCCUAUUAACGGCAUGUGCAUAGGGGUGCCUGACAACACCGUGAACCUGGGAUCCCCUGAACAACCACCGAGCGACCGCGAAGUGGGGACUGAAGGGAAGUUAUUGCUGCUGGCGCGAGAGGAUAAAAAGCUGCAGGGAGUGAGUGUGCAAAGUCGUACGCCUAUAUUUGUCUUCGAUGGAUCCGAUGCAUUUAACUGCUGCACCUUCCUUUCCAGUAUAAACGUUCUGGCGGGAACCCAGGAUGGUAACAUAUACACACUGGAUGUCAGGAAUACAAGGACCCCAGUGCAGACUCUGUGCAAGUCAGGGGCCCCAGUGCUUUCCUUGAUGCCCUUUGGAGAAGGAUUUAUUGCUAGCCAAGGUGAUGGAACCUGUUUCGUUUUACAACAAGACUCUGCUCAGGUUCUGGAACUCAUUGGACCAGACUAUGACCCUGUAUACAAGGUGGCAGCCAUGGAUAAACUUGUCUAUACUUGCUGUAGAGAUGGAAUUAUCCGGAAGUAUCAGCUUACGGAUCUGUGACCAACAUGUGGAAUAUAUGGAGGGAUGAUCGGGCUGAAAUCUGACUGAAAAGAUUUGUGCAUUCUUUUGAAAAGACUCUAAGACUCUAAUUUGUUAAAAAAAAAAAAAACCUUGUAUUAAAUAUGAUUUCUUCAUCAGUCCUAUUUUUGGGACUUUCAUUUGUAGUGACGAAAACAUGU